AUCUCUCCACCCUAUAUACUGGGAUGCGGGUGCUUACCCGCAUCAACACAACAAUGGUAGAGACCAAGAAUCAGAAGCAUUUUGUUCUAGUACAUGGAGCUUGCCAUGGGGCUUGGUGCUGGCAAAAGUUCAAAACGCUGCUUGAGUCAGCAAGUAACAGGGUCACGUUGCUUGACCUUGCAGCUUCAGGCGACAACACGAAGACAAUCCAAGAUGUAGCAACAUUUUAUGAAUAUACGGAGCCUUUGUUAGAUUUUCUGGCCUCAUUACAACCGAAGGAGAAGGUUAUUCUGGUAGGGCACAGCCUAGGAGGUUUGAGUUUGGCUCUAGCUAUGGAAAAGUUCCCAGAGAAGAUUGCUGUUGCUGUUUUCUUAUCAGCUUUCAUGCCAGAUACCACACACAAGCCAUCAUUUGUCAUGGAUCAGUAUAACGAGAGGACCCCGGCGGCGGCCUGGCUGGACACUCAAUUUUUACCAUACAACAGCUCGCAAAGUCAUCUCACGACAAUGUUUUUUGGACCCAAAUUCUUGUCCUCCAAGCUCUAUCAGCUAAGCCCACCUGAGGAUCUUGAGCAAGCAAAGACUUUGGUAAGGCCAGGAUCACUGUUUCUGGAUGAUUUAUCAAAGGCAAACAGUUUCUCCACGACGGGCUAUGGGUCAGUCAAACGAGUAUAUGUUAUCUGCGAUGAAGAUUUAGCGAUACCAGUAGAGUUUCAACGCUGGAUGAUUGAAAACAGUGCUGUUGAAGAAGUUAUGGAAAUUGAAGGUGCAGACCAUAUGGCUAUGUUUAGCAAGCCACAAGAACUCUUCCAUUGUCUCUCGGAGAUGGCAAAUAAACAUGCUUAAGCUGUCCUUAUCAGCACCCUUAGUUGUAGUGGUUUGCAGAUAUAUGAAUCCAUCUGUGACAAAAAGAAAGGAGGAAAUUAGGUUAUUUCCGACAAUAAUGAGUGGCAUUAGUUGCUCACGUGGUCACUAGAAUAAAGAGACAAGAUAUGCUACUGUGUGUGUAUUUUUAAUGUAAAAUGUUUUAUUUGUUAUUUUUGAAUUGUUAAAGGGUUGCUGUCUUUCCAUU